GGUAACACUGUCAAGUAACUCAACAUGGGGAUAGGAGCGGUAACUCUAUACCGGAAUUAUGGAUGAAGACUUGGGACGUAUAGAAGACAUGUCAAAAAAGUAUGGGAGCAACUUUCUCAUCGAGAUACAGGGUGCACCUGGGGACGUUUUCUGGAUGGGUCUUGCUACACUUCCCCUUCAUCUGGCUGCCUCUUACAGGAGAGUAAAGAGCAUGCAGAGUCUGCUGCCAACAGGGGCAGACCCUGAACUGAGGGACCAGCUCGGUCGAACCACUCUGCACUUGGUGAUAGCCGGUUGGCCGAGAAUCCUGACUAAUUGGCCAAAACCAGGCUCCAAGUUCCAGACUGCUGUAAUCGGUGUGUGUAGGCAGGCAGAGGCCUGUCUACGGCUCCUCUGUGAGCACGGUGUUAACGUCAAUGCAGAGGUGGAGGGGAGUCACCAGACAGCUCUCCACCUGUCAGUACGCUACGUAGCUCUGUCUGCUGUCCACAUUCUGGCCAGCUAUGGUGCUGAUGUUAAUGCUGUGGACAGCACUGGGAUGACUCCCCUGCACAUGGCCGCUGGGAUCCUCCAUAAGGACAUUAUAGCCAGCUUGAUCAAGGAGGGAGCAGAUAUAAACAUGGGGGUCAAGCAUUCUGGCAACACUCCUCUGCACCUAGCUGCUGUGGCAAUGGCUAUGAAGACCACUCAAACCCCAGGGGACGACAUUAGCUGCAUCUCUGAGCUGCUUGAGCAUGGGGCCGAGGUCAACGCGGUGAACAAAGCUGGGUUGACACCUUUACAGGAGGCGUGCAGCAUGGGCAACAAGGAGCUGGUGGAGCUGCUGCUCAGGUAUGGAGCCAAUAUCAAUAAGCUGACUAAAGCAGGGGAGAGCUGUCUGUUCCUGUUCCUGAACCACAGGCCUAACGUAAGGAACAGCUCUCUGCUGCUGAAACUCCUCAGCCUCACCUCCCUGCUCACGGUCUACAACCACAACGGCCACCUGCCCUCCACCUUGACACUACCAUGUUUCUUCAAACAGAGAGACCAGCUACUAAAUCUCACUCAGCAGCCAAGGAGGCUUCAGGAUAUUUGCAAGAGUGGCAUUUAUCUAAAACAUGUGCAUGACAAGAGAGAAGAGUUGCGAAAGAUCCUGCCUGAGAAGCUAUAUGACUUUGUAUUCAACUACUGGGAAACAAAGAUUUCCUUUGUGACAGAUGUUGACCAGGACUCUUUUAAUGACUUUUUUAAUAUUACUUCUAGUUGACACCAGUGUGUCAAUGCAAACUACUGCAAAAGUUUGCAUUAAGCUACAGAGAUAACCUCAAAUACUGUAUAUGCUGAUCAUUGACAAAUGUAAUCUAUCAAAGCACCUUACCUUCAGGUCUCUGUGCAUGAUUCCCCUGGAGUGAAUGUACUCCACUCCUUCAAGUAUCUUUCUCAGCAUGCUGCAUGUAUGUUCGGUAUCAACACAUCUGUAAGGACCUGAAAAUACAAAAGUUUAUAAAAAAAAAAUUCUCUAAAAUUGUA